AUGAAGCUUUCUGAAUCCAGAUGCGGGCAAGAAGUGGGCGAUGCUCAGCCCUGUAUAGAGAAUGUGGAUCCGGGGCCGUUGGACAAUCCGUCUUGGCACCAAAUGAAGCCACAGGACGUGAAUACUUCAACUGACAUUGAAGUUGAUCACGUGCUCGAAAAAGAAGACCCCAUUUGCUUAGAAGCGUCAGAAAAGGCUUCAAAGACAGUUCAAAUCCCUCAGAGUCAGUCGUUCAACACAUCCAACGGCAUGGCUCCGCUACAAUGGACCCACAAGAAGACACAGGAUAUGGAACUUGCUUCACUCUUACCUAUCGGAGUGCUUCAGAUGAUGUUGCGAAGAGAGGGCAAUGUGCUUGAACAGGAGAUUCAGUUACUUCAAACCCAUUGUUGGGUUCACUCGGAGGUCUCCAUCUGCACCAAUUAUCUCCGAAUAUAUGUGAACCCCAUCAUGACUAGCCGCGGCAAUACACAGCGGUCGAUCACAAAGUUGCGAGCUGCGCUGAAGUCUGUCAUGACCAAGGUCAACACGUCUCCUGAAGUGUGGGUUAAUCCACAUGUUCUUGCCGAGCUUAGCGAUUGUCAGCCUGAGCCUGCAGAUUCCGAGGACGAAUCCCUAUGGUACAUCUUCAAUACACUGCAAGACCCAUGCCCUCAAGUGGAGAAAAUGAAGGAUGCCUGGUCUCAAAGGGCUAUUGAGCAGCUUUUAUCAGAUGACGAGCUCGUUGACCUGGGCCUGCGGACAAAUCUAUACCCCUAUCAGCGCCGUUCGGCUGCGACGAUGGUCCAACGGGAGGCACAACCAGCGCAAAUGUUGGAUCCACGAUUGCAGCGCUGCCAGGGGCCAACUGGCCGCGAAUACUACUAUGACAGGGAAGAUGCUUAUAUCACGACUGACAAAGUGCUGUACUCUGAGGCCUGCGGUGGUGAGUCAUCUUCGAUUUGGGGGGAAAUGAACAAAAGAAUUGUUAACGAAAAGCCAGGUAUUCUUGCAGAGACUAUGGGCUGUGGCAAGACGCUCAUUUCUCUCGCGGUCAUAUGCGCAACUCGAGGCCACGUCCCCAAGAUUCCGGUAGAGUAUAUGUCUACACCACAAAAGCCUGACUUGACGUGCUUUAGAGAAUCCACUGGGUCUCUUCUAAACAUGGCUGCUGCCGCAGCAGAGAGGCACUCUGAACCCUGGAGAGCGUUCUUCCGUGACAUGAAACGAGAAGGAAUGCACUACGAACGCUGCAUCAGAGCUUGUGAGGCUCACCGAGCAUCAUACGAAAUACAUCCGCCCCAAACAAGGUACCACGGAAGGCAUAGUCAAUCCUACCCAAGACCCCCCGCCAAACGAGUUUACUUAUGUCCCGGGACUCUUGUCAUUGUGCCAAACAAUUUGCUGGAUCAUUGGCAACGGGAGAUCCGAACACAUACCGAGGGCCUCGAUGUUCUCGUACUCGGCCAAAGAUCUGGCAAAACUCCGUCCGCCGACGACCUGAUACGCUAUGACAUUGUAUUAUUUGCGAAAAGCCGAUUUGAGCGAGAGGCAGGGGAGCCGAUGAACAAUAGACGGGAUAAAUUCUUUCAACUGAAUUCACCCUUGACAGAGCUGCACUGGCUCAGAGUCAUUGUUGACGAGGGUCACAAUGUAGCCGGCCAUGGCUCAAAAACCAACAUGAUCCAUCUUCUAAGUCAAUUGCAUUUCGAGCGCCGAUGGGUCAUUUCGGGAACACCGUCUGCCGGGCUUUACGGGGUUGAAGUCAGCCUUGCAUCGCAGGAGGUGAACGCCAGCGACACGGAUUCUGCUGCAGAUAUUACGGUUUCCGCUUUACAAAGUCGAAGGAGAACCGGAAACGCCGUCAACAACGAGUUGAAAGACCUCGAUCGGCUACGGCGAAUCGUGGUCGAGUUCCUGGACCUCAAACCGUGGUCAAAUUCCCGCGCCGACGACCCAGCAGACUGGGCUAAAUAUAUCAAACCCAUCGGUGCAGACGGCCAACGGCGGAAAACGUCCGCAAUCAGAGCAACACUCCAAGGCUUAGUUGUGCGUCAUCAACUGAACGUCGUCAGCCAGGAAAUAUACAUACCUAAACUGUACAAUGAAGUCGUAUACUUGGAACCCACAUUUCAUGAUCGGUUAUCCAUCAAUCUCUUCCUCUUCGGUCUUGCUGUCAACGCUAUUACUUCAGAGCGCCAGGGGCCAGACUAUAUCUUCGAUUCGAAGAAUCAAAAGCAUCUGAACCAAACGAUCAACAACCUCCGUCAGGCGGGCUUUUGGUGGGCUAGUUCGGAAGGAAACCCCCAAGACACGAUCGAGCACGCAAUUAAGUACAUGGACAAGAAGCGGCAGGAUAUGAGUGAUGAUGACAUUGAUCAAUUGACUCGAGGCAUUGAAAUUGCACGCAUGGCGCUGGGAUCCGCCAGCUGGCGGGAGUUCAGACAUCUUCAUGAGCUUGGAAUAUAUAUCGACGAUUUCCCCAGGGAACAGCGUCCUCACUGGUCAUUAGACCAAAACAGCGUUGACGAGGAACCCUUGCUGAUGGGUAUCACACAAGCGCGGCGCGCGCAGCAAUUCGUCACUCAGCAUCUGAAACUCGCCGAUCCAACCCAGGGACUUGCAGGUGCUGGUAUCAAAGUCCGCCAUGAACUAGAGCGUCGAGAUCAACAAGCAGCUCCUCGAGGCGCACCGGAGUCUGCGAGUAGCACGACAAACUUUUCCGAUAUUUCUCCUACUGUUGCUGCUGCCGCCGCCACUCCUACCUCUCUGCACCACAGUACAAAGCCACAAACAAACAAAUCACCCAAAAAGACCUUCACCCGCAAUCUCUUCCAAUCACUUCCUCAAGACUCCCCCCUUCAAAAGACCCAAUUCGUCGCCACCGCAUCCGCCAAACUAACCUACCUUCUCAACAAAGUCCUCGAGCUCCAGGCUACAGAAAAAAUCAUCAUAUUCUACGACAACAACAACUCCGCCUUCUGGAUCGCCGAGGGCCUCGAACUCCUCGGUGUCGAGUUCCGUAUCUACGCAAGUACCCUCAAACCCGAGCUCAGAAACGAAUACCUCAAGCUCUUCCGCGAAGCCGAGGACGUCCGCGUCCUACUCAUGGACCUCCGUCAAGCUUCGCACGGACUACACAUUGCCCAAGCGUCGCGGAUCUUCAUCGUCAACCCGAUCUGGCAACCCAAUGUUGAAAGUCAAGCCAUCAAGCGAGCGCAUCGUAUCGGACAGACCAGACCAGUGUACGUGGAGACAUUAGUCCUGCGGGACACGCUCGAGGACAGAAUGUUGAAACGGAGACGGGAAAUGUCCGAGGCGGAAAUCCAACAUGCAGGGAAAAGUCUCUUGGAUGAUGGGACCAUGAGCGGAAUCAUACAGAGGGAGCCCUUUUUACCGAUGGGCUUGGAAAGAGACACAGCGGCUGCGUUCUUGAAGAAACCCGUCGGGUUUCUUAAUCGGCAUCGUCUGCCGAUUCCAGAUGACGAAGGGGAAACCAAGACAUUAUCGAAUAUCGAAAUGAACGGUAGCCCAUCAAAGGGUAGGGGUCAGUGGAAAGGGAACAUGCUCUCAUUCUCGCGCGGUAAAGAACCCGCCGUGACUCUAUCACAACCCAUGCAAGACACGGCCUCGCCCAUGGCCAAGGUCAAGCGGGCGCGCGUCGGAUUUGCCAUCGACCCUUCAGAUCCCGAUGAAAGUGGACCGCCAUCUUCUCCAGAUAUAGAAGAAGCCGCGAAAAACGCAUCGAAACGUUCAUUAUUUGGCGGGUCAGAUGAUUCUCCCAGCGCUGCCGAGCCCUCGAUCACCAAGAAGCCACGGGUUGGCUUUUCUUGCUGA